GAGGAUGACUUCUAAAGGAACUUGGUGGUUGAUUUUGUAGACUUUGUAGAUAUUGUGGAUUCUCUGAGCGUGUAAUGCUUUUAUUUGCUCACUUUGAAGUAUUUAUAACAAGUUUCUUUUGACAAGAUGAAUUCCAAAAGAAACGGUCUUAUUUUUGGAGAUUUGAUUGACUUUGAGGAGAAUAAUUCUGUGGGAUCUUGUAUCUCAAAUAAUGAUUGGAUCGAAGAGGUUAACAGCCCAGCAACAGGAAACUCCGAGUUGGACAGUCUCCUCCAAUUCUCGCCACCAUGCAGGAUGGUCGAGAGUGUCAACAACAACCAUUCCAUCGAGGAGAAGGCGGAUCAUUUCAGAACUUUUUCCGUGGCCACUGAUAUUGGAGGCAAACCCGAAACAUCGACGUCGACUCCGACAUCGGCGACAUCGAACCUCAAGAUGUUGCCUCUUUUCCCGGAUGGGUUUGUUGAUGGGGAGCAUUACGAUGAAGUUAGCGUAGGACUUCAAGAGACAAUGUUCGAAGGCAGCAUCGAGCAUAAGAACAAUUCGAACCACGCGCAGCAGGACUUUUUCUGUCAGUUCAACACCCCACCGGCACUUCUUGGUGGGGAGGACAAUGAUGACCAUGGAGAGCAGCGGCUGAGCUCGACCCACUCGUCACCGACACUCUCCCACCACGAGUGCAUCCAAAUCGACUCUAAGACGUACAGCGCCCCCAAUUCGCCUCAUGGGAAACCACCGUUAUCGCGACACCCGAAGAAAAAGCUCGUUCGGAGACAGUCUUCCCCACCGACCAGUUCCGCAAACGCAGAGGAGACGGAGGACGACGCCGAGGACAUCCAAAAUGUAUCGCCAGAUUCACCGAGCACCAGGACAAAAUUCAGGAGGAGCUUUUUCAAGCGUUUUUCGGCUGGAAACAAAGAGGAAUUACAAGGGAAAUCAAGAGCGUUGUCGGUGAGAGAGAGAAAAGUCCAAAAGAAGGCACAACCCGAGAGCAAGAAGGUAGGUCAAAAUUAUUUCUACAGAGCAAUCUGGGGAAGUGUUUCACAAAACAAAUAGUUCAUGAUUUUCACUGACAAAUUUGCUCUUAACCAGUCUGAUGCAAGGAUUAUGGAAGCUUUAACAAAAUUCAUUGAAAGCCACUAUUUGUUUUAUGAAAUCUGGUCUGUACUUGGUUGAAAAAUGGUAUCCAUGGUAUUUUGUCCAAGGAAAAUAUAGCUCUCUUGGAAAAUCUUCACAUUAAGCUGAAUAUGAAACAUAACAUCUGACCUAAUCUUAACCCUAAUCCUGAUCCCUGCAUUAAUCAUAACAAAAUAACCAUUGCAAACUGAUAUCUUGAAAGAAAUUAAGACAGUUUAAGCAAUUGUAGACAGAGAAUGUUUGAUAAACUGAAAGAUGUGCUGCUACUGCUGCUAUGUUCAAAAUGAAUUAACAUUUCAAGACUGAAUUAAAACAAGUGUUCUCCCACAUCAAUUUUGUGAGUAGGACUUUAUAAUGAAUUUCAUUAAUGGGAAUUCCUUUUGGUAUUUUGACAAUACAUUGUUCUCUGUGAGAAUUGAACUUAUCAAGUAUCAAUCAAUAAUCCCUCUAUUGUGAGUGGUUAAAUGUUCUGAACAGCACAGACUGGACCAAUACAGUCCACAAAACCUAUGGUGAUAAUGACGAUGAUAGUGAUGACGAUGAUGGUGGUGAUGGUGG